AUGAUAGGACCAGAGGGUGCCUGUCCUCCCAAUUGGUCCUUCUUUCGAGGCUAUUGUUAUAAUGCAUUCUUCGAGAAGGAAUCCCUUCAAUGGUAUCAAUCGGAAGAAAAAUGCGCUCAAUUUGAGAAGGGAAGGGACGGCCAUUUGGUCAUAAGUCCCCAUCAAAGCAUUUAUAUUGGAUUAAUCGAUACGAAUAGAGAAGGGUUUUAUAACUGGAGUGACGGAAAUCCUAUGAGUUAUACUGACUGGUCGUAUGGGCCCGAAGAUGGAGAGAUCGUGGCCUCACAGCCAGACGGCGGCGCCUUUGAGGACUGCACUGUCAUUAAGAUUGAUUCGAGUCACUCGACGGCCAACUGGCACGACAUCCCCUGCUCUCUGGGCAAACGGACUUCACUCAAAUCGCAACCAAUAAAUACGACAAAAAUGCUUUCGGAUGUAAUCAGUAGUUAUGUCUGUAAAAUGGAUUCCAGUUAUGCCACACAACAGUUCCGACUUCGGGAGCCAUUGUUUACAAACGUUAUCACUGAAGACGAAGAAGAAAUCUACAGACGUGUCGAUGACAACAGAUAUUUUGUGUGCGAAAACUUGGAAGUGAUCUCUAAUUUGUUUAAAUGUGACGGAACUCCUAAUUGUAGAGACGGAAGUGAUGAAGCAUUUGGUUGCGAUACUUCGGGAAAUUCAUGUCUCGAAUCCCAAUUCAGAUGUGCGAACGGCCGGUGCAUUGCCAUAGGAAUGUACUGUGAUUUUGUUGACGAUUGUGGCGAUGGAAGCGAUGAAAUGUUUUGCGAGAGACGUCAGUGUAAGAAGACCUCUGAGUUCCGGUGCAAUAACGACCAGUGCAUCGCUCUCUCCAAGAGAUGUGAUUUACUCACCGAUUGUAAAGACUUAAGCGAUGAGGGGUUCGCCUGUACUCUGAUCGCCACUCCAUGCAAUUUGAACACAACAUUUCAGUGCUAUUACGGCAAUUGUAUCCCAUUGUACGCACUGUGCGAUCGGCACAGAGACUGUCCGGGAAAGUUUCAUGAAGACGAACAGGCGUCCAGAUGUCAGCGAAUUAGUGCCACAAACAGUGUCCAGAAACGGGCCACUCAUGAGUCAGUAGACUUUUGGCACACAAAACGCAUUCACGACCAGGUCUUGAAUGUAUGGCUCAGGAAUGAGAGGAGUGCCUGUCUGUCCAUUAAGCGCAGGAAUUGUCGGGAUUUGCAAAUUUUUGAAAACAUUGAGAGGAGCGGCACUUAUUUCAUUGAACCCGAAGACUCGUCUUCCAUAGGAAUGACAGUCGAGUGUCGGUUCACAGACGAGGGCGCGAAGACUGUUAUACAUCACGACUCUGAAGACAAACUGUAUGUCCGAAGUGAUAUCGACGGACCGGCAACUUAUUGGCGAACAAUUAGCUAUGAAUACAAUCUCGAGUCAAUCGUUGCACUCAUUAAUGGCUCCAAUUCUUGCAAACAAUAUAUCAGUUGGCAGUGCUCUGGAACCGGAUUCAGAUUCAAUUCAACAAAACCCGUCUCAUAUUGGAUUUCCAGACAAGCUCAGAUGUCAUGGGGCGGUGCCUCUGCGGGCAAAUGCGGGUGUCAUCCAAACUGUUUGCAGUCUAACCUCACCUGUAAUUGUGAUUCUGAGAUUAAAUUUCAAUGGCUCGAGGAUUCCGGUUAUAUCACUGAUAAAACCAAACUUCCCGUUACUCGAGUGGUAUUCGGGGAGACUUACAAAUUAGGACAGUCCGGUUAUUUUCAUGUCGGACCCCUUGAGUGCGAAGGAAGUAUUAAAAGUUCAGAAAGUAGGGACUCGUGUCGAGUGCAAACUGGGAACAUACCUGACUUCAAGUGUCAAUCCGGACAAAUAAUUGCUCAGAAAUUUAAAUGUAUUUAUGAAUUUGAUCAGUUGGGGUAUCAGAUCGGCUGCAGAGACGUCUCACAUUUAAGGGACUGCGAGACCUAUCAGUGUCCUGCAGACUAUGUCAAGUGUACCGAUUCGUACUGUAUUCCUCCUCGCUAUAUAUGCAAUGGCAAAUGGGAUUGUGUGGGCGGGUCUGACGAGGUCGGGUGCGCUCGGUAUAUGUGUCCGGGUCAGUACAAGUGUGCCAAUGAAAGCUCGUGUGUGUUAUUACAUCAACUGUGUGACGGUAUCAGACAUUGUCCUCUGGGGGAUGACGAGUGGUUUUGUGAGCUGACGUGUCCGGACAACUGCACCUGUAUCGGACUGUUUGUCGACUGCAGAAAUGCAAAUCUUAACCGACUUCCUGUUGAGUCGAUUCCGAAAGAGACACGAAAGCUAGAGCUCACUAAUAAUGGUUUGGGACCUAACCUGUCGAAUGCAGACUUCAGUUUCUUUGGGGACUUAGGAGAACUCAUACUCCAAAGGAAUGGCAUACAAGUGAUUAAAUCACGAAAAUUCUUGCAAUUGACAAAUCUCUACAAAUUAGAUCUGAGGUUUAAUAACAUAAAAGUGUUAGAAUCGGCCGCUUUUGCCGGUCUUAAGAGAGUGAAUAAUCUUCUGUUGGAAGAAAACCCCGAUCUCUCGAUUAUAGAGCCGCGAGCUUUCGUUGGACUCACUUCUCUCAGACAUUUGAACAUCUCUUUCAUUAAUGUUGAGGUCUUAGAAGAGAAUGUUUUCCUUCAAAUGUCUUCUUUGCAAACAUUAGUCUUCACAAGAAGUGGACUUAAAAUCAUAAAGAAAGGAGCGUUCAAUGAAUUGACUUCUUUGAUAUCGCUUGACAUAAGAGACAAUGAUUUGCAGACAUUUCCCAAAGACAUGUUUAACGCACUCAAGUCUCUACGGUUUCUCUCAACUGAUAGUUUCAAGUUUUGUUGUUUAGCCUCUAAUAUAGUCCCCUUUGAAAGAUGUAUUCCACCUCAGGAUGAAAUAUCUGAUUGCGAAGACUUGAUGUCAAAUUUGGUGCAAAGAGUAAUUUUAUGGUUUUUAGGAGUUGUGGCCCUAUUGGCAAACGCAGCCGUUGUCAUCUGGAGGUUUCAGACGCGCCUCUAUUCAAACCCAGUCAGCUCUACACUGAUUCUGUCGCUGGGAUGUGCAGACUUCUUGAUGGGCAUCUACUUAAUGAUCAUCGCAUCGGUCGAUGAAUUCUACAGAGGACGAUAUAUAGAGAAUUCUGAUGUUUGGAAACAUAGUAUUCUCUGUCAGUUCUGUGGAUUCCUUUCCACAGUUUCAUCUGAAGUCUCGGUCGCGACACUAGUUUUCAUAACAGUCGACCGAUUGAUUUGUAUUUCAUUUCCAUUUUCUUGGCCAUUGUCGUGGGUGAUAGUGAUAGUGUUGGCAGGGCUGCCGUUAUUUCCAAUUCCAUAUUUUAACGGCAAAUUUUAUGCCCGAUCGGGCACCUGCCUGGCCCUUCACAUAACCCCUCACAAACCAGAUGGUUGGGAGUAUUCAGUGGCAAUAUUUUUAUGCAUUAAUUUAUUAGCAUUUUUAAUAAUCGUCGGAUGUUACUUCUUUAUGUAUAAAACCAUACAUUUGUCGCGAAAAAAGAUGAAUAGACUUAAGGCCAGACAAGUCAGAGAAACUCAGGUAUUAGUCAUUAAAUUAAGUUGGUCGACAAAUGGCACUCAUUGUCAUAACAAAUUUUUUAUGUUGGUUCCCUGUUAUUGUAAUGGGAAUGAUGUCACUGGCAGGGUUAACAAUCCCAGGAGCAGCAUAUUCUUGGACAGCGGUGUUUGUGUUUCCCCUGAAUUCAGCGACAAACCCAAUAAUCUACAGCUUAGCUCAACAAAACGCGAUUCACUGACCACUCGAUCACUAUUGAUGUCACUCAAGCAAAAAAGGAAAGCUUUAGAAAGGAGUACCAGUACUGCAAACGGCAAACUUUUAAGACCUCCUCCAGGAUAUGUCUCUCUCAUUGAAUUCUUGGAUACAGCAGAAGAUCUCGAACCAAAACAUUUACUAGAAAUUAGUUAUUCUAUUAGUGAAAUCAUCAAGGAUGUUCACCAUAAGGGCAAUGCUUUAGGGGGCAUUGAGUUUGAAUCCAUUUAUGUAUCAAAUCAGAUAACUGGGGAACGCCUUCAAGUAUAUAUUCCCGACUUAAGUACAUAUCAUGUGGUGGAUGCCGAGGAAUGCGAUGACUUUGCCUUUGAUAUGGAAGAGUUUGGAAAUCUGGUCAAAAGGAUGCUUCGUAUAUAUCAUAUAAGGAUCAAUUCUGCGCCCAAUAAUGGCCAUCAAUAUAAUGAAUCAGACAAUGAAAGUGAUGAACAAUCAGAUAAACACAACGACGAGACAAACCUUUAA